GCCUCACGCACGGUGAGGGCAGGAAGGCAGCGGCUCGCGCCUCCCGCGCCCACCGGAGAGGGGGCACCCGGCGGGGCGGGGCCGCGGCACGACUGCACCAAGUCUAAGUCAGCAUUUCUGUUCUUCCUGAGGCUCCUGCAGCACAGGAGGCACUCCCAGGGCAAGUCUGUAUGUCCCACUAAAACCAGAUAAUGCCUCAACCACCUCAGACUAAGAGAAUGAAAGCCCAGUGAUCAAAAGGAACUAAUGACACCAGCAACUCGACAAGAAGUUCUUGGCCUUUACCGCAAGGUUUUGCAAAUAGCCAAAAACUGGCAGUCGGCAUCAGGACAGAUAGAGGAAACCAUGAGAGAGAAAGAGUACAUUAGAAAUGAAGCCAGAACAUUAUUCCGAAAAAACAAAAACAGUGAUGAACAGGUAACAGAUCCAGAGCUGAUUAAGCAGUGCAUCGAAGAAUGUGAGGCAAGAAUAGAAAUUGGACUUCACUAUAAUAUCCCUUACCCAAGACCUAUCCAUCUGCCUCCUAUGGGCCUUGCCCAUAAACAAGGCCGUACAUUGCGACACCAGGAAAAGUUAAGGAAGAUUUCUAAGCCAAUAUACCUGAAAUCCCAUGAUGAAGUUUCAUAAGCCACUAUUUAAGCUGUGAUGUGUAAUCACGUCCUUUAAACAGUGAACUGCAAUCCAGGUGACUUGUGUGCACGACUGUGAAUGGUGUGGUCACUUGCUCACACAUUUCCUGAGGCCAAAAAGCCAAUUGAUCCAUUGUGUAUGAUGGAUAAGGUUGGUUCAGUAUUUAUUACAUUUCAACCACUGACUUGUCAAUAAAAGUAACACUUUUUAAGGA